GCUCCUCUCAAAGAAAUGGCCACCGGAAGUAAGACCCAAGAGAGCAAACCGAGCCUCGAACUUCCAACAGAACUACCAUAUGAUUUUCUGAAGAAAAUUACAAAUGACUUCUCCAACGAUAUGAAAAUUAGUGGAAGUCCGUUUGGAACCCUUUAUAAGGGAAUCAUUCCAAAUGAUGACAGAGUGAUUGCUGUGAAGAAACUUCAGGAAAACGCACCAAUGCCAGCUGACAAAACAUUUACGAAGGAGGUUACAAAUGUUAUGGCGCUGAAGCAUGAAAACAUAGUACAGAUAGUUGGAUACUGCAGUGAAACAUCAAAAAAAUUGGUGCAGUUCGAUAGUAGAUAUAUCCAGGCUGACAUUAAUGAAAGUUUAAUCUGCUACGAAUAUUUACCUAAAGGGAACCUUGACGAUAAUCUAUUUGGACCCCAAGCAACCUCUUCCGCUGGACCUGGUAUCAAUUGGGACACACGUUUCAAAAUAAUUAAGGGCAUCUGCAAGGGUUUACAUUUUUUACAUAAGUUGGAUAUUCCUAUUAUCCAUAUGGAUCUAAAGCCUGAAAAUAUAUUGCUGGAUGAAAACAUGGUGCCCAAGAUUGCGGACUUUGCACUCUCGAGAGUCUUUGGCCAAGAACAAACAAGAUUGUGCACCCAAAGAGUUGUGGGGUCAUAUGGGUAUAUGGCUCCAGAAUAUCUAUAUAGAGGUGAAAUCUCAGCACAAUCAGACACAUAUAGUUUGGGGCUAAUUAUAAUUGAGAUCACCACAAGAGAGAAGAACCGCCCAGACAAAGACCAACCGUCCGCAAGAAAUUUUAUUGAUAAAGUCGGUAAAGAUUGGACAGAUAUGCACAUAGCAGACAAGUAUGGAUCGCAAAAUGUGGAAGUCCUUCGACAAGUUAGAACAUGCAUUGAUGUUGGAUUAAAAUGUGUUGAAAUUGAUCGGAAGAAAAGACCUCCCAUAGACAAAAUUGUUGCAGCACUCAAGGGACUACAUGCAAUCGAAAUAGAAAACGAGGUAAGAUAG